AUGACAAACGUUCAAGCGCCACCAAUUUCACGGAAAAUGCAUGACCUCACAAACCAGGUGGUGCUCAUCACUGGUAUUGGUAGCGUAGGGGCAGGUUGGGGCAAUGGGGCUGCAAUCGCAGCAUUGUUUGCACGACAAGGCGCGAUACUCUUCGGCUGCGACCUAUCACUUGAAGCAGCCGAAACUUCCAAAUCCAAGAUACUGUCAGAAAGUCCUGACACUGAUAUCGCCGUCAUGCGGGCGGAUGCCACGUCCUCCUCGUCCAUUAAAGAGUUCGUCGACAGCUGUGUGGCCAAACAUGGCCGAAUUGACAUCCUAAUCAACAACGUUGGGCGGAGUGAACCUGGGGAUCCUGCAUCUCUCAAUGAGGAAGUGUGGGAUGAGCAAAUGAACGUCAAUCUCAAAUCUGUAUAUCUCACCAGCCAUCUCGUCCUCCCUCUCAUGGCAGCGCAGGCAUCAGGAGGCAAUAUCGUCAACAUCAGCUCCGUGUCUGGGCUCCGUUAUAUAGGUAAACCCCAAGUUGCAUAUUCCGCCACCAAAGCUGCGAUUCUCUCCUUCACUCGUACCACAGCCGUCAUAUACGCCGGCAAGGGGGUUAGACUGAAUACAGUUGUGCCGGGCUUAAUCAAUACACCGUUAGUGAAAGUUUUGGCGGAUAAAUAUUCGGGAGGGGAUUACGAGGGAUAUUGCAAAGUUAGAGAUCAGCAGGUUCCGAUGGGGAGGAUGGGUACGGCGUGGGAUGUAGCGAACGCAGUGUUGUUUUUGGCUAGCAAGGAAGCUUCCUAUAUUACUGGGACGGAGAUAGUUGUCGAUGGAGGGCUUACCCAGAGUACUGGUAGAGUCUAA